AUGUCUGCCCAAUCAACGCGCAAAGCCAUUCUCAACGCCAAAGACGCAGCGGCUGCUGGCGCAAACUUUGCACUUUUGCUGCCGCCUAGCUAUUGGCCCAAGGCACUUUCCAAUGACGCAAUAUUGGGCUACUUCCGGGACGUCGCCGACCAUUCGCCCAUCCCAAUCGUCAUCUACAACUUCCCUGGAGUGACCUCUGGCGUGGAUCUGGAUUCAGACCAACUGAGCGCUCUGGCGUCACACCACAACAUCGUAGCUGUAAAGCUGACAUGUGGCAAUGUCGGCAAGGUGAUCCGAUUGACGAGCAAGUUCACACAUGAGCAGUUUGGUGUCUUUGGCGGUAGCAGUGACUACCUCCUCCCAACACUAUAA